AUGUUAGCUUUUGAAGAGAAAGCGCGGAUAUUUUUCGAUGCAGUGUUUAGUUUCGAGGGUCUAUUUGAUGCUGAUUUCCUCAUGAAAUUACUAUUUAAAAAUGCCAAUCCAAACUAUGUUAUUAGUGAUGACGUUCUUUGGAGUUCUAAACUUCACGUUGCUGUCCUCUCGAAGGAUUGCAGUCUUGCCUUAGUUCAAAGUAUUCUUGCUGAAGAUUCUUCGCAGUUGAAUCAGAAAAAUAUUUUUCAAGUUACUCCUUUACACCGCGCUGUGUAUUGUGCAAAAAAUCUUGACAUUGUCAUUGAGCUUUUGAAACAAGGCGCAAACGUAAAUGCUGUAGAACGGUCAAUGAUGUCUGCGUUGCACAUUGCAGCAUACAACAGUAAUCAAUAUCAAUAUGACCUGCUCGAAAUUCUAAUAGAAUUUGGCGGAAAUGUUAAUUGUGUUGAUUAUAAAAAUCAAACACCAUUACAUAUGUUAGUUAAAAAUCGUUAUGUGCAAGAACAAUCAGUUUGCCUUUUGCUUCAAAAAGGCGCUGAUCCUAAUGCAUGUGACAAUUACAGUGACAGUAUUCUAAAAGUUGCCAUACAGAACACGUACAUAUCUCUGAAUAUUAUCAAAACACUUCUUGUGUUUGGCGCCAAUCCUGAGGAGCAUCUUAAAUAUUGUAUUCAAAACUUACCUCUUGCUAAGUUGCUUAUUCAACACAUAGCUUCUUCUAAUGCUAGGAUAAGGGAUAUCAAUAAAAACAGGUCUUUAUUUGAAGAUGCAUUGUUAUCCAUGAAAUAUGAUAAAUUUUCCUACUGUAGUGAUCUAAUAGAUGCUGCAUUUGAAUUUCACGAUGUUUUGAAUAUAUUAUCUGAACAUGGUUUGUAUGCUGUACAAUCUAUGAAGUCAUUGGAACACAAGCGAAUCUAUUUGAAUUAUUAUGCAAUUACAGAUUUAGCAUCAUAUGUAACUAAAAAAGACCUUAUCAACCUCGCCUUAGCUUAUAUUAAUGAAAAUUAUCACAGAGAUGUAACAAAAAGGAAAUUAUUUACCUCUAAAUCGACUAAACGACUCCAUGAUGGAUUAAGUGACUCAAUGUUGUGCAUGAAGCGUUUGAAGUUGUAA